AAAAUCUAAAGGACAAGAAACAAGUUUACGGGAACAAUUUUAUUACCAGUCAGUUUGCUACUGAUAUUUCAUGAGUUCAUCGAGGUUCCGCAGGGUUGUUAAAAAGUGACAAAUUAGGAUUUUGAUUAAAACUAUUCAACAAUGAUUACCGGUUUCCUCGGACUUUUAUGUACUCUCAUUUUUCUUGUUGUUGGCAUUUACACAAAUACCAUUUACAAUUGCAUACGAAGAGUUUAUAUAAACGAUGGAAGUGAAGGUGACAAAAAUGAAAAUCUAAAGGAAUAUAAACAAGCUCCAGGGCCAAUACCUUGGCCAUUCAUAGGCAACCUGGCGUUAUUAAGCAAAUUUAAAGUUCCACUCCAAGGGCUGACACAGUUAUCCGAAGAAUUAGGAGAUAUAUACUCAUUAACCCUUGGUACGCGGCGCUGUUUGGUUGUUAGCAGUUUGAAUCUAAUACGUGAAGUUCUUAAUCAAAAAGGGAAAUUCUUUGGAGGUCGCCCAAAUUUUCUGCGCUAUCACAAACUUUUCGGAGGAGAUCGCAAUAACUCAUUGGCACUAAGCGAUUGGUCCUCUCUCCAACAAAAACGGCGAAAUCUAGCUCGCCGACACUGUUCCCCAAGAAAUUCCUCGCUCCUUUUUACAAAAAUGUCAAAUGUCGCAUGUUACGAGGUCUGCGUUUUUAUGAAUGCACUGCGAGAAAGACUAAGCCCCCACGGUGAGUGCGAAAUCAAAUCUCUUAUACAGCAAACGAGCGCUAAUAUGUUCCUUCAAUACAUGUGCUCAAUUCGUUUCGAUUAUAAUGAUAAUGAUUUUAAGAAAGUUGUGGAGUGCUUCGACGAAAUAUUCUGGGAUAUUAACAAGGGAUAUGCACUUGAUUUUUUGCCAUGGUUGGCGCCGUUUUACAAAAAGCAUCUAAAUACAAUAGUCGGUUGGUCUACAGCAAUACGAAAAUUUAUUAUCGAACGUAUUAUAAGUCAACGUGAACACAUGAUUGAUGUGAGCGAACCUGAGCAGGAUUUUGCGGAUGCUUUACUUAAAAAUUCGAUAGAAGAUAAAAGUGUUUCCAGGGAUACUAUUAUAUACAUGCUGGAAGACUUCAUUGGUGGACAUUCGGCGAUUGGAAACUUGUUAAUGGCAGCUUUUGCUCACAUUGUUCACAAUCAAGAUGUUGCAAAAAAAAUUCAAGCAGAAGCCGAUGAAAUAUCCUCCCACGGAAGAAGAAUAAUAAAUAUUUAUGACAUGGAAAAAAUGCCAUACACAAUGGCUACUAUAUCUGAAGUGUUAAGAUUUUCAUCAUCACCAAUUGUACCCCAUGUUGCUACAGAAGACACAGUUGUCGCCGGUUAUGGAAUCACUAAGGAUACAAUUGUUAUCAUCAACAAUUAUAAAUUGAAUAGGUCUGCCCAAUAUUGGGAAAAUCCAGAUUUCUUCCAGCCGGAAAGGUUUUUGGAGAAUACCAACAUUGAAAAAUCAGAAAUGGUUGCAAAGAGAAGAAAUUCGGAAGGCUCAGAUUCUGGAAUUGAGUUCGAUAAAGAGGACUUGGCUGUUUUUAAAAAGAAUUCAACAAAACAUCGUUCAUCCACGCAAAUAAGUAACAUGAGUUCAAGCAAACGAACGCCUCGACUGAAAAAAAACAUUCCACAUUUUCUCCCAUUCGGCAUUGGUAAACGGACAUGUAUCGGUCAAAGCUUAGUACGCGGCUUUGGUUUUGUUCUACUUGCCAAUAUCCUGCAAAGAUUCAAUGUAAGCUCGUGCAAUUUGUCUUCUGUUGAAACUAUUCCCGCCUGCAUUGCACUUCCUCCUAAAACUUUCUCAUUGCAAUUUAGAUUUCGUAACAUAUACUGA